AUGCAGGAGAAGUAUGAAGAGCAACAUACAGAAAGCUACCUGCACAUCUCUACACUUGAAAAUGACCUUUCACAAACGAGAGCAGUCAAAGACCAACUACAGAAAUAUGUCCGAGAACUGGAACAAGCUAAUGAUGACUUGGAAAGAGUAAAGAGAGCCACCAUCAUAUCUCUCGAGGACUUUGAACAGCGUUUGAAUCAAGCAAUUGAGAGAAAUGCAUUCCUUGAAAGUGAGCUAGAUGAGAAGGAAAAUAAUUUGGAAUGCAUCCAGAGGUUAAAAGAUGAAACCAGAGACUUGAAGCAAGAGCUAGCAGUGCAGCAGAAGCAAGAAAAGCUGAAAUCUUUUAAUGGGAGCUCAGUAAGUGAACACACUGACACAGCUAUUCAGGCAUCUAUAGCUGAACAGUCAACACCUCUGGGUCAGAGAGUAUCAUUCUCUGGACAAAACUCACCAGUACAAUUCAGAACAAGUUUGGAUGAUGGGUACAGUGGAACACCAUUGACACCAUCUGCAAGAAUCUCUGCACUUAACAUAGUAGGGGAUCUGCUUAGGAAAGUUGGGGCUUUGGAAUCUAAACUAGCAUCUUGCAGAAAUUUUAUGUAUGAACAGUCUCCCAGCAAACCAGCGGCUCCCUUGAUCACUCGCGUUCAUAAGCUUAGGGAAAGCAAUGAAAAUUGUCUCAGUGUGUCUCCAGGAGAAAAGAGGUAA